GUUGACACUCAAACCUCAAAAGUGGUCUCCUGAUGUGGUUUAAGCAUUGUUAUGGACUUAGAUAAUACAAUUACGUUGUUUUCUGUAAGAAAAAGUGUAACAGAACGAAAACCUUACAGAAAUGGGGAAAAAUCUGAAACCUGUGAAUUUGUGACUCAGUUGGCAGCCUCAUUUAUCUGUUUCAGUAGUAGGCCUACUAUUAGCCUACUGCACAGUACAGCAUGGGUUGGUCUGACUGUGAAAGACCAAUAUGGGAUUUAUCAUUUUAGGUUAUUCAUAGUGUAUGUCACUGUUUCUCAUAUAAUAUUUCCACACAGGGCGCCUUUCCUUCGCCGGAUGAGCCCUUUGGCAAAAUGAGAGUAUACCCACUUCUCCAGGCACCACUACAGCCCUGAUUAAACAUGUAGGUUAAAUAUGUAGCAUCAAAUAUGGUCAAGAAUAUUGAGUUCUCUGAACUCACUACUGAUUCUCUGUUGGAGGGAUUUACAUGUCAACUUUGGUUAAAGUUUAUUCGUGUUCUUUGGACCGUGAGAUUUUCUGAAGCUCCUGGGUAGAAUUUGCUUAAAAGAUGCAGCCAUUAUUUGACUGCGGUGUUCCUUUUUAGGCAAUGUGUGUACAGGGCCCUUACUCUAUUUUCUUACCCUGAAUCCUCACAUCCACUUUCAAAGUCUCUCCCCUCUGACGCUGUCCUCCAAUUCAUUUAGAGAAGGCGAGGAAAGAGGAUGUGGCCAAUCAGAAAACCUAUGAGGAAGAGCCAUGGAUUGGUUGGCAAGAUUAAGGAGGCACUCUGAUUGGUGGGCUGUGUGGACACAUGAGAGGGGGCCAGUAGAGUAGCAGCAGCUUCAUAAUAUCAGCAGCAGCUUCAUAAUAUCAGCAGCAGCAGUGGGGCAUCAUGCAGAGGAAGAGUAGCUUCACUGGUCUCCUCAUCACUGCUCUGUGUGCAGUGGCCUCUGGUAAACUCAGAGAAUAUCACUAUGUGUCUGAAGAGAAGACCUGGUCAGAGGCUCAGCAGUACUGUCAUGAGCACUACACUGACCUGGCCUUCAUCAGCAACCAGGAAGAAGUAUAUCAGCUCCUUCCCAUUUCAAGGGGUGAUUGGACCUGGAUUGGUUUGCACAGAAAUGCUAACGACCCAACAGGAUGGACAUGGUCAGGAGGAGAGAACUCAGCAUUUAGGUUUUGGAAGUCAGGAGAGCCAAACAAUGCUGGUGGCAUUGAGGACUGUGUCAUGGUACAGUGGGAUAUGAGAUGGAUGGAUUCGCUUUGCUCCCGGACAUUCCCCUUCUUAUGCUACAAGGAGAAGUUGAUCCUGGUUCAGGAGAUGAAGACGUGGGAGGAGGCUCUGGAGUACUGCAGGGGUCACUACACCGACCUCCCCAGCCUGCUCUCUAAGACUGAACAUCUCCAAGCCCAGAGCAAGAUAGAGGGUGCCCAGACCGACCAUGUGUGGACGGGUCUGAUCUUCUUGGCCAGAGAAUGGCUGUGGGUGAACGGGGACCACCUGGAGUACCAGGCCUGGUCUGGCGGGAAGCUGCCCCACUGCCCCGCCCAAUACCUCCACUGUGGGACCCUGACCAGAGAUGAAAAGCACUGGGGAACCAGGAACUGUGAGGAGAGGAGGAACUUCCUCUGCUACAGAGCGUGAGCCCCAGAGGAGAGAGAUAUUAUUGUAGUAGAUAUGAUUAUCUAUGGAUGCUCUCUACUUAUUACCAGUUAACGCUGUGAUUGGUUAUUCACCCUAUUUACUUGUUGGUGCAUAUAAACCUAUUGGGUUUAACCCACGGGGCAGCAGGUAGCCUAGCGAUUAGAGCGUUGGGCCAGUAACCAAAAGAUUGCUGGUUCGAAUAUCGACAAGGUGAAAAAUCUGUUGAUGUGCACUUUAGCAGGACACUGAACCCUAAUGUGCCCCAGCGGCACCGUACUACUAUGGCUGACCCUGUGAAACAACACAUUUCCUGCACCUUUCUGGUGUAUGUGACAAUAAGACAUAUAUUUUUUUGUGUGUGUUUUCUACAAUAGUCUACUAUUUUUGUACCUGUAGAUACCGUGGUUAUGAUAGUGGGUGCUUUGUGUGUACAAAGACCAUAACACUGGGCACAGAUGUCAAUUCAAUGUCUAGUUUUGAUAACAUUGAAUUGAGUUGGUAAUUAACUUCUUCUUUUUUACCAUGUCAUUCGAUUUAGGUAGGGUAAAAAAAUAUAGACAAGAAAUCACAGAAUUCCUUCAGGUUGAUGACUCUGCAAAUCCAAUCAGUUUUCCUCUUUGAUUCAUCCCCAUCAGAAUGAAAAACAGUAACAGUAGAUAUGAACGGACACAUCAUGUACUGUAUAUCAUGUAAGGAAACCAACUGUUGGUAUGAA